AGCUUCCGAUCUGAUUUUCCUGAGCGGCACAUAAAUUUACAUCGGAUAAUUGGAUUUCAAUCAUUCCAACUCCAUAUGCUAUAUCGAUCAACAUGUCGUCCAUGCGAGGCUUAGUCCAGUUUAUUGCCGACUUGCGAAACGCAAGAGCGCGCGAGCUCGAAGAGAAGCGGGUGAACAAGGAAUUGGCCAACAUUCGGCAGAAAUUCAAGGGGGGCAAUCUGAACGGGUACCAGAAGAAGAAAUACGUCUGCAAGCUGCUCUACGUGUAUAUUCAAGGAUAUGAUGUCGAUUUCGGGCACCUGGAGGCCGUCAACCUGAUCUCCUCCAACAAAUACUCCGAAAAGCAAAUCGGAUACCUGGCGGUGACUCUCUUCCUACACGAGCAGCAUGAAUUGCUUCAUCUGGUCGUCAACAGCAUACGGAAGGAUUUGUUAGACCACAAAGAACUGAACAAUUGUUUGGCGUUGCACGCGGUUGCUAAUGUCGGCGGGAGAGAGAUGGGCGAGGCGCUCUCUACUGAUGUCCAUCGGCUGCUGAUUUCUCCGACCUCCAAGGCCUUUGUUAAGAAGAAGGCCGCUCUGACACUCCUUCGAUUGUAUCGCAAAUUCCCCGACAUUGUACAGAAUGCAUGGGCAGAACGGAUAAUCUCUUUGAUGGAUGAUCCCGAUAUGGGUGUCACGCUAUCGGUCACAUCACUUAUUAUGGCAUUGGCCCAAGACAAGCCCGAGGAGUACCGAGGGUGCUAUGUGAAGGCUGCACAUCGUCUGAAAAGGAUCGUGGUUGAUAAUGACAUCGCGCCGGACUACCUCUACUACCGCGUGCCCUGCCCUUGGAUUCAAGUCAAAUUGUUGCGGUUGCUGCAAUACUAUCCUCCCUCAGAGGACAGCCAUGUUCGCGAGAUUAUCCGCGAGUCUCUGCAGCAAAUUAUGCAUUUGGCCAUGGAUACACCUAAGAAUGUCCAGCAGAAUAACGCCCAGAAUGCAGUGCUCUUCGAGGCGAUCAAUCUCCUAAUCCACCUAGAUACUGAGCACAGCUUGAUGCUGCAGAUAUCCUCUCGUCUAGGGAAGUACAUUCAGUCGCGGGAAACGAAUGUCCGUUACUUGGGUCUGGAAGCAAUGACACAUUUCGCGGCCCGAGCCGAAACCCUUGAUCCCAUCAAGAAGCAUCAGAAUAUCAUUCUCGGGUCCCUCCGAGACCGUGAUAUCAGUGUUCGUCGUAAAGGGUUGGACCUGGUCUACAGUAUGUGUGACACAACAAACGCUGGUCCAAUUGUGAAUGAGCUGCUCCGCUACCUUCAGACGGCCGAUUAUGCAAUCCGAGAGGAGAUGGUGCUGAAAGUGGCUAUUCUCACGGAAAAAUAUGCUACUGAUGCCCAGUGGUAUAUUGAUAUGACCCUCAAGCUCCUGUCACUGGCCGGAGAUCAUGUCAACGACGAAGUAUGGCAGCGGGUGAUCCAAAUUGUGACCAAUAACGAGGAACUGCAGGCUUACGCAGCACACAAUCUUCUUGGAUACAUGAAGACUGAUUGCCACGAGAGUCUGGUGAAGAUUGGAUGCUAUGUUCUAGGCGAAUUCGGACAUCUAAUCGCCGACAAUCAAGGCUCCAGCCCCAUCGAGCAGUUCCUGGCCCUGCAGGCGAAGAUGAUCACCAGCACCGACACUACGCGGGCAAUGAUCCUAUCUUCCUUUGUCAAAUUCGUCAACCUCUUCCCCGAAAUCAAACCCCAACUAUUGCAUAUAUUCCGUUUGUAUAGCCAUUCCCCCGAUUCGGAACUGCAGCAGCGUGCUUUUGAAUACCUGUCGCUGGCGACCCUUCCCACCGACGAUCUCCUCCGAACAGUCUGUGACGAGAUGCCCCCCUUCUCGGAGAGGGCGUCGAUUCUAUUGUCUCGGCUGCACCAAAAAACAGCCGGCGCGACAGAGAAGAAGACAUGGGUUGUGGGCGGCAAGGAUGCGAACACCGAUCAACAAGAGAUGCUCAUGGCGCAGAACACUGGGCUGAAACGCAGCUUCACCACAAUUGUGAAUGGUAAUAAGACCGGGGUGAAUGGAACGGCAACAACGCCAGGUGCAUCGGGCGACCUAGCAGGACUGGAUCUCAGCGCCCCCGCAGCUCCGCCGCCAAACAUGGCCAGCGCGGCUCAUCUCACCCCCGAUUGGGAUCUCGGGUACAAUCGACUGUACUUUGGCGACGAAGGAGUGCUGUUUGAGGAUGCGCAAAUCCAAGUUGGACUGCGUUCGGAGUACCGUGCGCAUAUGGGGGUUGUCAAGGUUUAUAUUUCCAACAAGUCCUCGUACCCGAUUGGAUCCCUCACGACGACGUUGGAUAAUCCGGCGGCGCCAAACCUGAAGAUCGACACGAAGAGUCUCCCCGAGCCGUCGGUACCUGCAGUUGGGCAGACACAACAGACGUUCUUGAUCGAAGCGCAGGGGCCGUUCACAGGGGCACCGACGAUCCGCAUCUCGUAUCUGGCGGGAGCGCUGCAGGCGUAUACGUUACAGCUUCCCAUCCUCAUGCACCGGUACAUGGAACCGUCGGCGCUGUCAGCUGAAGAUUUCUUCAAGCGAUGGCGGCAGAUUGGUGGCGGACCACUGGAGACACAAAAUACUUUCGGCGUCACCGCGCGACACAAGGAAAUCGGCGAGCCAUUCACGCGGCGAGUGGUGGAAGGACUUGGGUGGAAGAUCUUGGACAACGUGGACCCGAACCCGAAGAACAUCGUGGGAUGCGCGGUGUAUCAGUUUGCUGGAGGUAAGACGGGCUGUCUCCUGCGGCUGGAGCCCAACUAUGAGCGAUCGAUGUUCCGAGCCACGAUCCGAGCGACGCAGGAAUCGGUGCCGGUGGCGCUGGCAAAACAGAUGGAGCAGAAACUGUCGCAAGGCGAGCGAUGGGACACCGGACGAUGAUGCCCGGAGUCGUUCACUUGUAAUCCCGUGUUUUCCAUUCUUCUUACUCCAUUACCUGCUUGUCGACGGGGGUGUAUUUGUUAUUGAUAUCAACCACGUAUAUACCUGGGACAAGCGGAAAGCUGUUCUUUGUUUUUCUUAAUGUACAGGCAGCG